AACGAUCCCACUUUCAACAACACGGGCCAGUGCAGUAAGUAAAUCAAAUUCAACAUUUAUCGGGAAGAGAUCGUAUAACCCAUGAUCUUAUUUAAAUACACUGUCCGUGUUGGGAUUUGAUUAAAGUUCCAAACUUUCAAUGGUGGAGGUGAAUCGAGUUCUGAUAGCUGUAACAUUAGCUCUUCUAGCUUCGUCGGCUUUGUUACCUGUCUCUUAUGGCGCGAAGAAACCGUUGUCGUCGGCCCCGAGAAAGGAGGAUGUUCCGUUCAUUAAGUGUCAGGUUUGCGAGAAACUUGCCUCGAGGUUACACCAGCUAGUGAAGGAGAAGCAACUGCAGAUCUCUCCCAAGAAGAUCUCGGAGUAUGAGAUCAUUGAGAUUGCUGAGAAUGUCUGCAACUUGAAGAAAGAGGAAGCUGAUUGGAUCCUCAAAAUUGACAUUGUGGAGAAAGGUGAUAAGCUUCAGCUGGUUGAGCAAGAAGAAGAAGGGAUGUGCAAUUCCGAGUGCAAGACCAUUGAGGCCGCUUGUCAAAAAGUUAUUGGUUACUCGGACACUGAUGUUGCUGAGUAUAUAUACAAGUCUAAGCCUGAUCUUCCUUCACUGAUUAAUCACCUAUGCAAAGACCUGACUGAUGCUUGUACCAAGAACCCGCCUCCUCUCCCCAAGGACCGGGUUCCUGGAGAACCGUUUGUUGCAAAGCCAUCGAAAGAUGCUGAGAUGGACAAGAUCAUGAGAUCUAUGCAGGGCAUGCCAGGAGCACCUGGCAUGAAGGUAUACUCUAGAGAAGAUAUAGAGAAGUACAAAGAUAACCCUGGGAAAUUCGGCAAUGAAGAUGAAGAUGACAGCGAUGAGGAAGAAGAUGAGAAGUUUCCCAAGAACUUGGGAAAAGUUCUGAAAGAGAAAGAGAGUAGUAAAAAGGAAGAAUGGAAAAAGACAAUCACUAAGGAGCUCAAGAAGAAAGGAGAGGUUCUGAAGAGAAAUGCACAGAAAGUGUCUAACCGGGUCAGGAGAUGGUGGAAAAGAGUUAGAUCCUCUUCUUCAAAGAAACCUAAAUCCGGAAAAUCUGAGCUAUAAUGUAGUUUUCUUCUUCACUGUCUUUUUUUAGUUUCUAUAGAUUUUGAAGUGUUGAGAGACGCAUCAGUUAUGUAACACAUGAAGGAAUGGCUUAGAGCAAAAUCAUGAAUUCAAACAAAUGUUGCAGUGGUAAA